AUGUACACUCUUAUGCAAUUUUAAGGAGAUAUGCUGUUAUGAUUCAUCGCACUAACCCUGGGAGUGCUGCUAUUGUACAAAGUCAACUUGUGCCUGUCAAUAUAGAUGAUGGUGAGAUUGUAAAAGCCCCAAGAAUGCAGCCACAAUUCAAGAGAAUUUUCGUCUGCUAUGAAGGGGUCAAAAAUGGCUUCUUAGCCAGAUGUAGACCAUUUUUUGGAUUAGAUGGAUGUCAUCUAAAAGGGCCAUACAAAGGCAUUUUUUUGGCUGCUGUGGGGGAUGAUGCAAACCUCCACUUCUACCCCCUUGCUUAUGCAAUUGUUGAAGCUGAAAACACAGAUAGUUGGAGUUGGUUUUUGGAGUUACUGAGGGGAGAAAUAGGGGACACUGUCAGUGGCCAGCCAUGGUGCAUCAUGAGUGAUAGACAAAAGGGACUAAUUGAGGCUGUGGCUGCUAUACCAGAGGCAGAACACCGAUAUUGUUGUUUUCACAUUGAGAACAACAUGAUAAAAAAGUUUUGAACAUCACAACUAAGGGGUCUGUUUUGGGCAGCAGCUGAGACAGUGAAUUUCAACACUUUCAAGCGCAUUAUGGACAUGAUAAAAGAAUUCAACUCAGAGGCACAUGAGUGGUUAUCAAAUAUUGAGUUCAAUCAUUGGACUUUGAGUAAGUUUGACACUAGAGUGAAGGUAGAACACAU